ACCACUCCACACAAUGACGACCACUCUGAAGAAGAACCGUAAGAAGCGCGGCCACGUGUCGGCCGGUCACGGUCGUGUGGGCAAGCACCGCAAGCACCCGUCUGGCCGCGGUAACGCCGGUGGCCAGCACCAUCACCGCACCAACUUUGACAAGUUCCACCCCGGUUACUUCGGUAAGGUCGGUAUGCGCCAGUUCCACUACAACAAGAACGCCCACUACUGCCCGACUGUCAACCUUGACAAGCUCGCCGCGCUCGUCCCGGCCUCGAUCAAGGAGGCCGUCAAGGCCGAUGCCUCCAAGGUCCCCGUCCUUGACGUCGGUAACAAGGGCUUCUUCAAGGUCCUCGGCCGCGGUCAGAUCUCCAUCCCGCUCAUCGUCAAGGCCAAGUUCUUCUCGCGCAAGGCCGAGGCCAAGAUCCUCGAGGCUGGCGGCGCCUGCGUCCUCACUGCCUGAAGGGGAGAGGUAAACCAAAAGAGCAACAA